GUAAAUAGAACAGCCAAAAUAGUUGUGCCAUUUUGCGGCAGUGGCAUUGCGGUCCCCGCGCCUGCAGCAGCGCACGAUGGACUAGUGGAGAGUGCAGCAUUUUCCCAUUUAUUUUGUAGUGCCCUAGGAAUGUCAAAGGGUGGGUAGUAUGAGUGUGUUCCACCAGUGAUGAGCCAGACCCCCCUGCGGAGUAGCGAGGGCCCCUCCCACACCUCUGCCCCCCCUGGUGCUGCCACCACCACUGCCGCUGACCCCCCUGUGGUAUACAAGUGCAUCUUCCCCAGCUGUGAUGCCUGCUUUCUGGACAAGGAGGCAGUCCUCACCCACAUCUCACUGCAGCAUCUGUCUAGCUGUGCACAGUGCAAUACUAGCUGCUGCACCGGUUGCAGUACCCUGCCCCCUCCUGUCCACUUUGGUAGCUCCCGCUAUCCCCUGCCCCCCUCCCCCUGGCACGACAUGACCCAGCAACACCCAGGCAACAGUCUCCCCAGCAAUGCCGUUCCUUGCUCUUUGUGCUCUCCUAGCUUGGAUUACCCCUGUGCUGCGCUCGGGCAGAGGUGUCCCCACUCCCACCCGACUUAUCCUCCAACAUCCCACUACCAGCCUAGUCUGCCAGUACCGACCGCUCCUCCAAACAUUCCAUAUCACCCGCACCCGGGCCUAGUCCACACAGACCCAGCUUUCCAUGUGGGAAGUCCCAGUCAUAGCUACUUGCCCCAUGUACCAGGGCAGGAGGGCUUGGCAUGGCUUCACAACCUCGGCAGCACGCCGUGUGCUCACUGCGCCGCGCCGCCACCGGCAGCAACUGUCUCGUCUGUUCAGGAACAGCUGCUACAAGUUCUACAGAGAUCCACGACCGCCUCACACCUUCCGACAUCACCGCAACGCAGGCCGAGAAACCAACACCAGAGCCCCUCUCGGUGCCUGCAUCACAAUUACACAACCUCGGGGGGCAGCACAGGUACAGAUGGUGUGAGAGGAACACUUCCCUUUGUCCAGCCCCCCAUGCCUCAUUUCGGAAAGCAGACAUCUAGCCUGGAAGGUAGCUCAGAGAACUCCACUGUUCUUAGAACUCCUCCUGUCCAUAGUCAACAGCCAGCAGAUCAAGUUGCCCAGCUGCCAGACUCAGUGUCCUCCCCCUCCCAGCCUGACACCCUGCCUCCUAUCGGAGUGUUCUGGGACAUCGAGAACUGCCAGGUGCCCAGUGGGAAGACAGCCAUGGGCAUCGUGCAGAAGAUCCGCACAGACUUCUUCGCUGGACACAAGGAGGCAGAGUUCAUGUGUGUGUGUGACAUCAGUAAGGAGAGCAGGGAGGUCAUACAGGAGCUAAACAAUGCACAGGUAACAGUAGUACACAUCAAUGCCACAGCCAAGAAUGCAGCUGAUGACAAGUUAAGACAGAGCAUACGCAGGUUUGCAGACACCUACACCAAGCCUGCCACUGUUGUACUGGUUUCAGGGGAUGUAAAUUUCGCCUCUGAGUUGUCCGACCUGAGACACCGGCACAAGUUCCGCAUCAUUCUGCUGCACACGCGGCACGCACAGGAGGCGCUGCUGCACCACGCACACCAUGCCGUCUGCUACGACGACUUUGUCCGAGAUCUCCCUUUCAGAUCACCUAGUAAGGCAGCUAUGGAGCUAACAGACCUGCUGGUCAGCCACUUGCCCAUUGGUCGAGACAGCAACCAGAUUCGCAACCGGCUGAAGCAGCUGUCGGACAAUUGUGGUGGGCGGGUCCUACACGUGUCCGGGACGUCAGCUCUCAUUCGCUUCCCAAACACUGAGAGUGCCAACAGAGCUAAGAAGAGGAUGGAGAAGGAGGAUGUCUUCGGCAGUAAGAUUACAGUCGCGCUCGCAUCCAAACAGAAAGAAGAGAACAAGUCCCCCACACGUAGAGCGCGCCAUAGAAGCAACAGUAGAGGGAAUGAACCAUCUCCACCUAUGGGCAGGAUUGAAAAGACGGAAAGCAAAAGUGAUUCUGAACAUUCAACCACAAGCGACCCCGAAAGGUAUAGCCAGCCGCCUAGCUUCUUAAAACAGCUGCCAAGACAUCCGCAACCACCGGACACAAGACAGAGCCGCGACAGACCAAGAGGGAUGGAGAGACUGAACCACUCUGAAGGAGAUCACAGGAGUGAGGGAAGGAAAGACAGUAGCGGUGGAGAGCCAACAGGGAACGGGUCCUACACAGACGUGCUGCCCUCAUGGCUGCAGGACAGGGGACUGGAGUAUUUCAGACCCAGACAGGAUGUCACGUCACACUUCAACAGGAGCGCCAAGUUCAGGAGAUCCGUUGGUCCAAGAUUUGAUCACGGGACACAGGACUUGCCCCUGUCCCUUCCACCCCGGCCCCGCAGUGCCUCCCCAGUCUACCCCAUGCUGUACAGUGCACCCCUGCAGAGAAAUGCAUCCCCACAACCCCAAUCACACCCUUUCACUGAGAUGUUCUACCCACAAGGGGUUGACCUUGAGGUGAGGAACCUUGACCCCACCCUAGGUCACCAGGAGAUGAGGCAGACAUUGCUGUCUAUUUUCAGGGAACAUUGUAAGGUGCUAAAGCUUGAUUUGCUGGCCCCACAUGAAGGUAUAUGGAAAGCCAUGGUGAAGGUCCCCAAGAUGACUGAUGCCACACUUGCCAUUUCCCAGGUACAUAGACGUAAAGUUGGUAGCAAGAGAAUACAUGUGAUGCUGGGAGGUCGAAGGUCGCCUGCCCUGCAGUACUUGAGGUCAGAGGUUACAGCCAUCUUGAGCGAGGCCCAUGGAGGCUGCCUGCCGCUCUUCAAGUUUUCUGAGAUCUACGAGAAGAGGUACAGCAGGCAGGUCCACCUGUCGGAUCUGCACAAGCUGACCGAUGUGGUGCAGGUAAAGGACCAGGGUUCUGCAGGGCGGGUGGUGUGCCUCACCUGCGCCCCCCUGUACCACAGCGCACACCCCAGACUCACCCCCUCCCCAGCCACCAGCAGCUCCACCACCACUGCCACCACCCUGUCCAGCACCAGCCCUGUGGUUGUGGAGGAGGAGGAGGAAGAGGAACCCUUCUGCAAGAUACACUGUACACAGGAGUUCCUGAGUACCAGGGAGGUGGACUAUGAAAACUGCAUGUUGCCCGACAUCGUCUUGUCCCUGAAGGCAUUUGCUGCCCAGGUCCACACCCUACUGCAGACCCACGAGGGCAGGCUGCCACUUCUGAGCUUCCAGACCUGCUACAACAGUGAGAUCGGCACCCUGCCUGUGGACGAGAGUGGGAGGGGGGUGCCGGUGGAACAUCUGAUCAGCUGUGUACCGGGAGUGAACAUCUCUCACGGCCAGAGUGGUAACAAGAUGGUGAAGUGGGCACAGAACAGGCCUCCUCUUCCUCUGGCUGAUGCGUGCUGGCCGAAGCUGCGUCCCCCCAGCCCAGCGGCCUCCCCCCAGCUGAUCCAGUUCAGCCGUGAUGUGGUGGAUCUCCUGAAGGGCGUGUCCUGCUGCCGGCUGCCCUUCUCACGGUUCAUCCCCACCUACCACCACCACUUCGGCCGCCAGUGCAAGGUGGCAGACUACGGCUUCACCAAGCUGGUGGAGCUGUUCGAAGCUGUUCCUCAUGUGCUCCAGAUCCUUGGCUACGGCACAGCCCGUGUACUGACGCUGACCCACCGUGCUCAAGUCAAGCGCUUCACCCAGGACAUCCUGCGCCUGCUCAAGUCUCUGCCCAACAAGGAGGUGACGGAGGCGGAGUUCCCCACGGCGUUCCACGGCUGUCAUGAGAAGGUCUGGGACGUCAGGGACUACGGGGUGUGUGAGGUGCAGGAUCUGCUCUGUGAGCUGCCAGAGAACACUGUGGAGGUUAACAACACAGAGGACACCACUGUCAUAUCACUACCCAGGAGAGAACAAACGCCUGAGGAAGUGGAACGUACCAAGCGGUUUGCCAGGGAGGUUGUGGAGCUGCUGCGUCGCCAGCCCCACUGCCGCAUGCCCUUCAACAAGUUCAUCCCAGCCUACCACCACCACUUCAGCCGACAGUGCCGUCUGUCUGACUACGGCUUCAGCAAACUGAUCGAUCUGUUUGAGGCAGUGCCUCAGGUGGUACAGGUGCUCGAGGGUGGGGAAGAUAGAGCCUUGGUCCUUGCAGAAGGGGAGAGAAUCAAAGUCCUGAGUUACCAGUUGGUGAAACUACUGCGAGCCCAGAAGGACCAGAGACUACAGCUGGGGAUGCUCAUCCCGACGUACGCACGGAUGUACGGCUACACGCUACGGUUACAGGACUACGACGCAAGCUCCAUCCGCCAACUUCUGGAGAAAGUCACACAUGUUGUCAGAGUGGAAGCCGGUGUGCGCGGUGCGCAGGUGGUGCUGAUCGACCGCAGACACCUGAAGCACAUGUCACAGCUGGUGCUGGCCCUGCUGAUGGACACAGCUGAAGGGGCCGUACCACUCAAGGACUUCUCACAGGCAUUUGUCCACCGUUAUCGAUACCCGUGUGACCCAAGGGAGUAUGGGUAUCAGUGCCUGGCUGAUCUACUGAAGGCCAUGCACCAAACUGCACAGCUGAAGAAUGAAGGCAGUGAAGACAGUGAGUGUGAGGUUGUGCUGACGCCGCUGUACCACUUUGCGCGUGACAUCAGGGCCAUGCUGCUGGCCCGCCACUGCAGCAUCACGCUGGCCAACUUCUGCAACGCCUUUCAGGAACACUUCAAGCGGCCGUGCAGGCCGCAGCAGUUUGGUUUCUACAACAUCCCAGCACUGCUGGCAGCCAUUCCACAGGUUGUGAAUGUGAAAGGUCGAGGCAACAGGAAGGUGGUGGUGCUAAGGCAUGACAUGAGAGCUGGAGCUCCAAGUUACCAUCAUGGUCCAGGGGUGAGAGGGAGCAGUUCAGGCACCUCUUCACCAUCCAGUGUGGACAGCAGCAGCAGGGAGUCAUCCAAUCGUGGCUCUCCCAGCUGUUUGAACGGGAUAGAACAGGAGCUGCCCGGCACACACUCUCCUGAGUGCCUGCCAGAAGGUGCAGAGAUGCCCGUUGUUGGUGUAGCUGAGUGCCCGAAUGCUGAUGACACCCGCUCAUCUAGUGGUGUGUCUAGUGCAGGGGCACAAGAAACUGAACAAGGCCAUGCCAGUGAGGAUGCAGGUGUGCCAGACCUGCUAGUUAAGGACAGUGUCACAGACAGCAGUGGUCAUGAUGGUGUGGGAGACAGUCCAGAAGUCAGAGACCUGAUGGCAGCCAGAUCGUCCUCCCCAGUGGACCUACUGAGUGCCCCCAUCCCACCAUCCCUGCCGUCCCCUGUGCUGUGGCCUGAUCCAGUGGUCUCUGCUGACACAAGUGACCUGAUCAACUUCACAGAUUCACCUCCACCAACUGCUGGCAGUGUAGAAGUACACGUAGACAAAGUAGCAAAGCUUGUUGCAGACUGUGCUGACUCGAGAAAAGAUGUGGAGGAAGGAGGGGGAGAUGUCAAGAAGACUGGCAGACAGGCAAAGGAGCAAAGGAGCAAGGGAAGAAAAGAUGGAGGGUUGGUGCGAGGAAGUGUUGUGAGGAGAAGCGUGAAGCUGGCAGCAGCCUUCUCUAAACCACUGCAGACCUCACAAUAGUAGGAGGAAUGGGUGGAGAGAGAGAUCCAGCAGAUGGGCUGGAUUCUGAGGACAAGAAGGUUUUGGAAUGGACAAUGAAUGGAUCGAUAUGAGGACUGAUAACUGUGCUUGUCAAUGUGUGCAGCAAAAACAAGAAGAAGUCUGGGGGCUAUAUAGUUGCAAACUACUUAACUAUUGAGUCAUCGCAUUCUAACUGUUUCUUUUAGACUUAAGAGAGUAUAUUUCUUUGUUAUGAAUACAUGUGAUAGUCUUGUAGCAUAUAUGUUUAGUUUAAUGCUAAGCUAUAUAGCCAUUUACUUUCAUAUUUACUGAUGCAUUUUACAAUUAUUUCUGCUUUAGAUACAAAAGAAAAGUGCUCUUGUUUCAGGUAAGAUGUUGUCACAAAUAUUCUAAAACAAAGUAGAAAAAUAUGCAGUUACAAAAGACUUUUCCAGCCAACACAAACUAGACAUUUUCUGUUUUACUUUCCUUUCUAUGGAUUCUUAUGGCUUGUCAUCUUCCAAAGUACACCUAUUUUUGUGCACUUCAAUUCUUCAAAAAUGAAAGAUAUUUUAUGAUCCAAAGUUACUUUGAAAUUAAAAAAAUCAGAUCAGUUACUGGAAAAUAAAGAAAGCAGAUCAGUUAAUUGAACGAAAAAAUAUUUGAGGAACAAAAAAAGUGGUUAAUUUCAACUCAAGCUUACAUAGGGCUUUAGUUUAUGUUGUGUUUUGUUGUCUUGUGUUGUGAAGAGAUUUGAUAUUGUUUUCCUGUUCAGUGACUGUGAUAUCUAAAGCAAUGUGAUAGCUACAGAAAUGCCAGAACAGCAUUUCUGAUUAUAGUCUAUUGUUUGCUAUAUUUUCUAUAAGAAAAAUCUAAAUCAACAUGAGCUAGCACAAUACUUCUGAAUCUUUGGCACCAAUGCCUCGACUUUGAACUCAUAAGAACUGUCUCUUGUGGCACUUGGUUUGUACAUCAAGUUGCCACAUAUUACAAAAAAAAGUGAUGAAUGAUACUUUAGUGGGUAAGAUUACUUUGUGCAAAUUAGUUAUUGAACAUUGUCUUUCCGAUACAACUUAAUUUUGCCUAGCCAUUUGGCCGAUCUUAUGCCAUGUAGCCAGUUGCUUCCUUCUCUUUUGCAGUUUUAUUUACAGAUGUUGUAUAACAUGCACGUCUGUCAUGCAGCAUAUUUCCAUUGCAAUGUCAUAUGCAAAUUAUAGGUUUAGAUUUUAGCAAGAAAUGCAAUGUUGCAGUUUUAACUACAUCAAGUGCAAUUAUUUAUGUUAUUGUUGCUGUAUCAUUUUAUGUGUUAGAUUAAUGCUCUUAUUAAGUUGCGAAGCUAAAACUACUGUGCAAUAUGGAUAGGUUUUGCAACAAUCCCUGCUGUUAACUAUGGUACAUGCCAUCAUUAGGAAAGCUGUGGAUAGAAAUGCCUUCACAGAUUGUGGUGGGAGGAUAGACUUGGGCUGAGACAUGUUUAUUUCAUCUCGCUGGUAUGGCUAGGCUUUUGCCUUGCUGCCUCGGAUAGCGAGUUUUCCUUACGUAUGUCCUCAGGGACAUAGUCUUCUUAUAUUUGUGUCCCAAGUUGUAUUUCCCACCUGAGUUUGUGAUGUGCUAAGCACCCUGCCAUGGUUUGGUUGUUGGGAGCGCCCCAUGCCUACGUCUUGGCAUAUCACAUCAGCACAGUAUAGCUGAUGUCUACAGGGCACCCAACACACUACAAUCCUCCUGUUGUGUCCCACAUACUGUCAAAAUGGGCUGUAAGGGACAUGUUCAUGUUGCAUUUCUCGAGAAAUGGAGGAUUUUCUUUUCACGACCAAGUCCAUGGCACGGUGAUGCAAAGUGAUGUCAGGGUCUGUUGGAGUAUGUCGGAAGAGAUGGCUGUCCUAGUUAACUGCACUGCUACUUAGUUCAGGAAAUAUCAUUUGUUCAGAAAAUUUCCUUGCAUUAUGUUUGUGCAUAUGUCAGUAGCAAACCAUUUUUGGGGGAAGUCUCGUGUUUUGUUUUUAAGGUGGUUAGAGACAAAGUUCUGAAGCAAAAAAAUAUGUACUUUUAUGUGUUGAUACUAUAAGAGUAUAACAGGAUGCAUGUUUGGCAAUUGAGAUUAAAAGACCAUGUAUACCUUUAUGUUAAACCAUCAAAAGAAAAUUCAAUAUGAAAAAUAACAAAGAAUGACAUUAGUGUUCGAAAAAGAAUGAAUUGAGUGCAUCAAGCCAGACCCACAAUAAUGCAGAGAGCAAGAGAUCUGUCAAGUAACAGGUUAACAAAAUGAGCAUAUGUCAAAAGAUGCUGUGAACUUUUAUUUCUGGUCAAAUGACAUCACGUCGUCUCUUCCACACCAUUGCGACAGAAGGAAGAGCAAUUGUGAACAAUGUCUUAUCAUGGAACAAGCCCGUACUAUAGCUAUUGCUUCAAGUGAUACUACUUACAUGUAGAUCACUGUAUUUAUCUUAUUCUAUUUUUUUCUAAGAACAAGCUACUCACAUCAUUACUUUAACAUGUAUAACAAGUCAGUAUUCAGAUGCAUUGUAUCUUUACCAUACCAGUACAUGGUAACUUUCAAACUUCAUAACAUCAGUGCAUAAUAACAAUAAAGCCCCCAGACCUUAACUGCAA